UUCUUACUCGAUCACUACUCAUCAUCUCAUUGCGCUCUUGCUCAACUCUCUAGUCAAGAAUGUCUUCCUGUAACAUCUCCAGGAUGCUGCUUCUUUCGUUGUUCAUCACCUCUCUUCUAGCCAUGACUGCCUCAGCUGGUAAUUUCUUUCAAGACUUUGAUAUCACAUUCGGCGAUCAACGCGCUAAGAUACUCGAAGGAGGACAGUUUCUCACGCUCAACCUCGACAAGUAUUCCGGGUCUGGCUUCAAAUCCAAGAAAGAGUACUUGUUCGGAAGGAUCGACAUGCAAAUCAAGCUCGUGCCUGGUAACUCAGCUGGCACUGUUACUACAUACUAUUUAUCUUCUGAAGGUCCAACUCAUGAUGAAAUCGACUUCGAGUUUUUGGGCAACUCAUCUGGAAAUCCCUACACUCUCCACACCAAUGUAUUCAGUCAGGGAAAAGGGGACAGAGAACAACAAUUCCAUCUUUGGUUUGAUCCCACAAAGGCCUUCCACACCUACUCAUUUGUCUGGAACUCCCAACGCAUUAUAUUCUUGGUCGACAACAUUCCAAUCAGAGUGUUCAACAACUUGGAAUCAUUUGGUGUUCCAUUCCCCAAAAACCAACCAAUGAGGGUUUACUCAAGUCUGUGGAAUGCCGACGACUGGGCUACACAAGGCGGGCGUGUGAAGACUGACUGGACUCAAGCUCCUUUCUACUGCUUCAUACCGAAACCUUACAAGGCCAAUGCUUGUGUUGCUGGAUCAUCCUCCUCCUCAUGCGGUGUCGCCACCACUGCAUCGACUGAUUCAACACAACAGGGUGCAUGGCAGACUCAAACGCUUGAUGCUGCAGGGCGAAAUAGGCUUCGAUGGGUGCAACAAAAGUUCAUGGUGUACAACUACUGCUCUGACCUCAAAAGAUUUCCCCAAGGCCUUCCAGUCGAAUGCAAGCGAUCGAGGUUCUAGAGAACAGACGAUCACAUAAUAUACCUUUGUUUAAUUCAUGUAUGAUCAAAAUUCUUUCAUUCUUUCUGCAAAGAUAGAGUUUGUACGUAACAUCAAAUUAAUCCAUCCCACGAUUUUUUUUAUUCUUUUAUUGUAAGCUUAUUCGAGAUUGAGAAUCGAACACUUGAUUUGUAUUUGGAGAAUGCAAUUUGUUAAACACC